UGACUUCUGAUAUGGGUCGAAAGCUCUAGUGAAGUACACAAUUAUAUUGAUUUAUUAUAAUCUACUAGAUGAUUUACUACAAAAUAAAAUAAUUUUAUUAUUUUACUAUUUCGUUUUAUUCUAUUAUUAUAUGAGUCCUAUGAAUAUUUGGUUUUAUAAUGUAAAGUAUUACGAGGAAAAUCCAAUCAAGGAAUUUGAAUCUGCAAUUUUUCCCAAACAUAGAUCUUAUAGUCCUUAUCAUAUUUUGAAAGUUUUAGCAAAAAUGAAUAGUUUCUUCUGAAGAUGAAAAAUCCUUAAAACAAUCGAAUUUUCUUGAAUCUUUUAUGAGAGAAGGCCUUAUUUGCAAAUCUGUUAUCUCGAUAUGAAAAUAUCCAUUUUGACUGAAACUUUCAGGAUAUUAUAAGGACUAUAAGAUCUAUGUUUGAGUAAAAUUUCGGAUUGACAUUUUUUGCUUUGGUUUUUCUCGUAAUACUCUAGAAUAGACUGGAAAUUUCGAAAAGAAGCCUAAUGGAAGGAAUCCUUUUAGGAUUUUUAUUUUCACUAUGAAUCCCAGCUAUGGGCUCAAAUGAAAAGUAUCACUUGAUGAGGUUCUUUCGUGAAUGCAUAUUAUUCGAAUUCAAUAACAAAAUUGACUACUAAAUUUAUCAGAAAGAUUUCGAAUAGAAAUAUGAGAUUCUAAGUGUUGUAAAACAUCAUCUAAAUGAAGUGUAGAUAUAUAGAGAUAAAAUUUCGAUUAUCGUAUAUUGGAUAACGUCUCGUUGUAAUAUAUGAACUACUUCCUUAUUACAUUUCUUAAGAAUUAAUUAAAAUGAUAGUGAAGAAAUGUGUUUCAAAAUAGAAUCUCUCUGUGAUUAGCAAGAACAGAUAGAUUGAGUUUCAUAUUUUAAUUGCACCGAGAUUGUACUAACAGAAUUAUUUGUAGUUUUGCUCGCAUUCAUCAAAUGUUAUCUUAAUCGAUUGAAAUGAAAAGAGGCGUUAUACAAUGAAUUUUUGUUUAUAAAUAAUCAUUCAUUUUGAUUUAGAUAAAAUGACGCCGUAUAGUAUUUCAUUUCAUAAAGUAAAAAUAAUACCAAGGCUAAAAUUUAGAUUCAAUUUUUCAACUCUUCUUGCAAUAACUACAUGAAAAACUGUUCAUAUUGUGUGUUAUAACUUUUAAUAAGCUAUUAUUUAGAAUAAUUAAAAUAAAACUUAAAUGUUACUCUUGAUUGAGAAUUAAACUUUCUUGUUAUUUGUAAAGAAUCUAUUCUUUAGAGUAAAUCAACAUUAACAACCAUAGCCCAUGAUAAUUUAUUAGAAAAUGGAACUAUGUAUAAUUAGUUCGUUUAAUUCCUAAUAUCUAAAAACAGAAUAUUUCAUAAUAUAUUUUUCUUCAUAGUUUACAAAACAUAUCUGAUCUUGAACAAAGAUUAAUACAGAUAAACAACAUUACAUUCAUAAAAAUCUAAUACAUAUCUUAUGAUUUAAAUAAAAUAUGAUACAAUGCUAAGACAAAAUCGUUCUGAAAUCGAUGAUUUACAUUAGGAGUGUUGGCUUAGCAUUAGUAUUAGGAAAACGUUAACACUUUUGUAUUAGAAUUAAGAAAAAAAAUUUAAUCCUUUUUUUCUAUUAGUGUUAAAAAAAAUUAUUUAAUACUUUAGUAUUAAUAUUGAAUUAUAAUUAACAUCAGAUUUGCAUUAUUGAAUAUUUUUUUUUCGUGAGCAUUAGUAUUAAUUGAUGAUACUUUUAAUACAAAUACUAAUUCAUAACUAAUGCUAGUGUUAAUUAAUUUUUUUAAUACUAACACAAAAGCAUUAAGGUAUUUUUUUAACUCUAAUGCAAAAGCAUUUUAAAAAAAAGGUACUAAAUUAAUGCAAUGCUAAUGCUAAGCAAGUACUACUCAUUUACAUUGAACUAUUGCUGCUAAAGAUGCCGAAUUAAUUGCUGAAAGAAAUGUAUUAUUUGAAUUUUACAAAAACAUUUCUUUUAUUCAUUUAGAACUUUUCUUUUAGCAUCGUUUACAAAUUGGAAAACAAAUUCAUCAUCAAUUGAAUAAUCAAAGAUUGAUUAAAGAAAUACAUGCACUUGAUAGUAGAUUAAAAUUUGUUUUAAACAUGAAAAAUUUUAUGCAUUUUUUAGAUAAAACAAAUUCAAAUAAAAAAUUUAAUAAAUCACUUGAUACAGAUAACCAAUUACGUGAAGAAUAUCUUGUUGUAUUACGUCGAGUAUAA